AUGACGGACCAGCAGAGAUCAACAAUUGGUGCUGGUGUAGCGGGAACUUGGCGACCAAUAGGUCCUCCACCACCCAUGCCCCCAUACGUUCAGCAAUCCCAAAGUUUUGGUCAAGGGUUUUACCAACCAUACAGUCAUGAAUCUCCCUUCUUUCAAAACAAUGGUAGAACUCAACGACAAAAUUAUCAGGGUGGUGGAAGAGGUCGUUAUAAUAAUAAUUACUAUCGAGGGCAGGGCAAUAGAAAUUGGAAUGGUCGAGGACGUUGGGGAGGAGGUCCUCACGAGCCAAAGGAUUAUAAUAGAUCACCCUCGAAGAAACUUCGGGUUGGUGACAUAGAAAAUGAUUCAAUACCAGAAAUACACCAAUAUUUUAAGGAAUCAUUUUUGAAAGAUCCUUGGGCUCAUUUAACUUGA